AUCAAGUAGAUAAAAUAUCCCAUAGUUAAAUGUGUGUGGUGUUUAAAAUGAUCAUGAGAACAAAUGGAAAAACACAGUUUGACGACUUAAUUCAUCAAUACUUAAUAAUUGUGGUCAUCGUAACUGUAGUUAUUGCCGAUAACAAAACUUUGUUCAAAUGCCCAGGGCCUUCACAAUGGAAAUUUAGAGCAAAGAGUGAGUGUAAAGAUACCGACAAGUACAUUUGUCUAUUUGACGAAAACGGACAAAAGGAUGAAGAAUUUUGUGGAUCAUGGCCAGAUUUUGAAAAUCCAGGAUACAAACAGAUAUUGCUAGGCGGAACAACAAUAAAACCUUGUUCAGAAGACAGAUACCAACCAUUUAUAUUCUGGACUAAUGGUAGUAGCAAGUGUGUGUUUGAGAAGGAAAACUGUAACCAAGAGGGACAAGUGACUCACAGCAAUGGAACGCUUCAAACAAACAGAAUAUGUCGCUGCGACUACAAGAAUAACUAUGACUAUGUGUUUAAACCAAAAAAUGGUUGUUUUUGUCUUCCAUCUGAAGAAGACUGUUCGUGUUAUGUGAAGUCCUGUCAAUUCGGAUAUAUUUUGUCACGAGAUUAUGAAUGCCUGAAAGACUCCAAAUUGAAGUACAACUGUCCAGAAAUUUACAGAGAUUCAACUGAUAAUGAAAUAAGUAGAACAACAAUCAUAUCAUUAGUUGAACAUGUGACUCCAGCAGAUAGUGUUGAGUGGUUAGCUGUUAUAGUUACAUUUGUAUGCAUUAUUGCGGUACUUGUAUUGUUUGUUGUUUAUUGCCUAAGAAAAUAUAGAGAUACGUUCGGUGUUUCUUUGAAAUCAAGAUACAUGCAGGAUGAAGUAGUCAGACAUUAUUCACCUAAGAAGAGCAAUGAACUGCAGACAAGAAAGAACGGCUUGAGUAAAUAUGAAACAACAUGCAUAAUUCCGAAAGAUGUAUUAGAUUUACAAGAAAAUGAAAUAACGAAAUGGAGAACAAAACAAAUGCUCUUUGUAGAAACUACUGCGUCAAAAAAAGUUUCGGCUGAUAUGAAUACCAAUGGACUUGUAAUAAUAUCGGGUCCCCCUGGAUCCGGUAAAUCUGCCAUAGCAUAUAACACAGCCUUUAUGUUAGAAAAGAACGAGGAAUUUAAAAUUUUACCUGUCUCAUCACCAGAGGAAAUCCGAAAAUACUUACUGCCAGAAACAAAACAGGUAUUUGUUAUUGAUGAUCCAGUAGGCAAAUACACUGUUGAUGAGACUUGUGUUCAAGGAUGGAAAAAUGAAGAGACUUUUAUCAAACAAACAUUUCCUGCCUGGGCUAAUACGAAACUCAUACUUACGUGCAGAACAUACAUAUACAAUUCUGGGUUUUGUCGAAGAAAUGAAGAAUAUUAA